AUGGAUUCCGGCCGUGACCGUCCCCAUGGCCAUGACGCAUCUGCCAGCUGCUCUGAAGGCCAUGUCGAAAGCAACGCUGCUACUUAUUCGAACCCCACCCCGGAUCGGUCGGAUAAACCGCCAUUCAGUUUACUUUAUGAUUCCGCAGCACCCAUUUCCCUCAAGGGGAAUCCAUAUGGGCUGCAAACCAAUUCAUCGAAUAUGCCUAGAUCUGACGCACCUGAGAAUCAAGGCCGAGGCACCCAUUCGUCCACUCGUUCUUCCAGCCGGGCUCCCCGCCGAUUAAGUGGAAGUACCGCCACCAGCUCCGUCAGUGAAACAGAGUAUACACCUCCCACCAUUGGGAAAAUAGGCGUCUGUGCCCUAGAUGUUAAAGCGCGAAGCAAGCCAAGCCAGAAUAUCCUUACACGCCUUCAGUCAAAGGGUGGGUUCGAGGUUAUAGUAUUCGGUGACAAGGUCAUACUCGACGAGGCCGUAGAGAAUUGGCCUGUUUGCGACUUUCUUAUUGCAUUCUUUUCCGAUGGCUUUCCGCUGGACAAGGCUAUUGCCUAUGCAAGACUACGGAAACCAUUCUGUGUCAAUGACUUGCCCAUGCAAAAGGUUCUAUGGGAUAGACGUCUUUGCUUGAGGAUUUUAGACCACAUGAAUGUUCCAACGCCCAAAAGAUUAGAAGUUAAUCGAGAUGGUGGGCCAACUCUGGAGUCUUCAGAUCUCGCCCAGCACGUACAUAAGCUGACAGGGGUUAAACUCGAGGGCCCUGGAGAUGGAACUGGAGGAGGUGCUUCGAAAACAAAGAGCGUCGCCUUGUCAGAUGAUGGUGAUUCUCUUAUAGUUGAUGGUAAAACUUUCAGAAAACCAUUUGUUGAAAAACCCGUGAAUGGGGAGGACCAUAAUAUCCAUAUCUACUUUCCUAAUGACCAGCAGUAUGGCGGUGGUGGACGAAGGCUCUUUCGAAAAAUUGGGAACAAAAGCUCUGAAUACGAUCCAGCUCUUGUUGUUCCCCGGUCCGUGAAUGAGGAUGGUACAAGCUACAUCUAUGAACAGUUCCUGAGGGUGGACAAUUCAGAGGAUGUCAAAGCAUACACAGUGGGGCCAGAUUUCUGUCACGCUGAAACACGGAAAUCACCUGUGGUAGAUGGACUUGUUCGUCGAAACACUCAUGGCAAGGAAUUGAGAUAUAUCACGCAGCUGAGCAAGGAAGAAGCCGCAAUCGCUUCCAAAAUCUCAAAUGGGUUUGGUCAAAGAAUAUGUGGCUUUGACAUGCUUCGAGUGGGAGAGAGAAGCUAUGUUAUUGACGUUAACGGCUGGAGCUUUGUCAAAGACAACAAUGACUAUUACGAUAGAUGCGCUAGUAUCUUGAAAGACGCCUUUUUGAACGAGAAGCACAGGCGUGAAGGGAACCAGGAGCAGACUGAAUCAUUCUCACCGGACACUGGCCAUCCCUGGAGAUAUUCUGUCUCCCACAGGCACGCUUUAAGGACUCUGCUCAAAUCUCCCAGCACCUCAAAGAUUCAUGGGAACACAUCAGGCCACCAAACCUCCGAGCCGUCGGAUUCUUCUGGCUUACUGGCCCCUUCUUCCUCUACAGAGGCUCGUGAUCAUGUGUCUUGCCAUAAUGCCUCAUCCACACAUGAGAAACUUCCAGCUUCCAGUGCCCAUAUUUCUCCGCCUAGCGCUUCACCUGUCAUGUCGAUAAACCUAAACGAAGGGGCUCCACCCCCACCUCCAGCUUCCAAACACUCCUGGAAACUGAAAGGUAUGGUGGCAGUCAUUCGCCAUGCAGACCGCACACCUAAACAAAAGUUCAAAUUCACAUUUCACAGCCAACCCUUCAUCGACCUACUGAAAGGACACCAAGAGGAGGUCGUUAUCAAAGGGGAGGCAGCCUUGGCUAGCGUGUCCGAUGCUGUUAGAGUGGCGAUGAAGAAUGGCCUCGAAGAUAUGGAUAAACUAAGACUACUACGUACAUCCCUUCAGAAAAAGGGAGGCUGGCCUGGGACAAAGGUUCAGAUUAAGCCGAUGUUUCGCAAGAAGGAAUUUGACAAGCCGUGCGGACAAGAUUCAUCAACAACCCAAAUGGCUUCCACCGAGAACACCGAGGAUGGCGCCAUGUGCUCUCAUCCAGUUGAUACGGGGACCCAGGAUACGAGCAGGUCUCAAACGCGAAGCGAUUCUAUCUCUGGUGCAACGUUUUCACGAUUCUCUGCGGCUGAGAAUGACCUUGUCCUGGAUAAACUUCAGCUCGUAAUCAAAUGGGGAGGAGAGCCUACACAUGCGGCGCGAUACCAGUCUCAAGAUCUAGGGCUCAACAUGCGUGAUGACCUGAAGUUGAUGAACAAAGAGGCCCUUAACAACGUUCGCAUAUUCACGAGCUCCGAGCGAAGGGUGAGCACUAGUGCUCAAAUCUGGGCUUGUUCCUUUCUUGACCAAAAAGAGCUCCCCGAAGAUUUUAUACAAGUCCGCAAGGAUCUUUUGGACGACUCCAACGCCGCUAAAGACCACAUGGACAAAGUUAAGAAAAAGCUGAAAUUGCUUUUACGGGAGGGUUCUGCACCAUCGCAGUUUACCUGGCCGAAAGACAAUAUUCCUGAACCGUCGGUUGUUUUAGCUACAGUUGUCGAACUUAUGAAGUUCCAUCGCGACGUCAUGAGACAUAAUUUCCAAAGACUCGAAAAGCCGCAACAUCAUGCCAUGGAAUCAGGCGACUUUGACGAUCCUACCUUGACAGAAUUACACUCAGGCAAUCCCGCCCUGGACUCGAUCCAAGGUCGGUGGUGUACUGGUGAAGAUCCAACCUUAUUCAAGGAAAGAUGGGAGAAGCUAUUCGCCGAGUUUUGUGACACAGAAAAGGUCGAUCCAAGUAAACUUUCUGAGCUCUAUGAUAGUAUGAAAUUCGACGCCCUUCAUAACCGGCCUUUCCUGGAAUGGGUCUUCAUGCCACCGGACGGUGACGAAGGUGAUGUCGCUGAGGAUAAUAAGUCUGGCAGCGAAGGAGCAAGUCAGGAAAGGAAUGAAGAACUCCCUGAAAGCUCCACCCUCGCCCGUCGGUUUGGGUUAGGAAAGAGAAUGCACGCAUUUGAAUCAAUGCCCCAUUUCAGGGCCCUGGAUGAUUCCUACGACCACUAUUUCAAGUUAUAUCCAGGAUCGAGUUCCACGAAGGCCAAGCUAGACGGGAGACUUUCCAAACUGAGGGAACUAUACAAGCUGGCAAAAGUUCUUUUUGACUAUGUCACACCCCAGGAAUAUGGCAUCACAGACACCGAAAAGCUAGAGAUCGGCUUAUUAACGUCUUUGCCUCUUCUUCAAGAGAUUGUGAGAGAUCUUGAAGAGGUCCAAGCCUCACAAGAUGCCAAGUCUUUCUUUUACUUCACAAAGGAGUCCCACAUUUACACUCUUCUCAACUGCAUUCUGGAGGGUGGGAUACAAACCAAAAUAGCAAGAACAGCUAUCCCUGAGUUGGACUACCUGUCUCAGAUCUGCUUUGAGCUUUAUGAGGCCAGGGACUGCGAAUCAUCAACGAAUUCCUACUCGAUUCGUAUUUCGAUCAGUCCCGGGUGUCAUGCUUUUGAUCCUCUGGAUGUUCAGCUUGACUCUAGACAUGCAAUUGGCUGUGCGCCGAGACGAAGUUUAACUGCUCAUCAGGAUUGGAAAGAGGUCAUUGAAACACUCAAGGCGAAAUUCGACACGUAA